AUGAUAUCAAAGUACGAAAGUAUAUUACAAGAAAGUUUACCAUCUGAUAUAUUGCAGCUACUUAAGUUGGUGUAUGAUAAAACGCAUCGAGUCAAAAAAAUACAAGAAAUGAUUGAUAAAUUUGUUACUCCUUCACAUCAUGAAUAUAAAAAAUGUUGCUUUUUAUUAUCGAAAUAUGAGCAAACAGGAACACUUGAAUAUUUAUUAAAACUUUAUACAUUAGAAACACCAUUUUAUAGGCAACUAAAAGACAAUAAUAUCUUUCCGUUAUUAAGUGCUGUACUAGCAGAUGCUCCUCAAUUAAAAACCCGACAUUAUAAAGGUCUAGUGUAUCGCGGGGUCUUGAUGACAAAACAAGAUGUUAAUAAUUAUCGUUGGGCUUUAAGAACUAAUGAAAGCCUUAUAUUAACAACUACAUUCUCAUCGACAUCAUUGAAUCGAGAUGUAGCAGAAAGUUUUACUAGUGCAGAAGCGCCAUCAGAUAAAAUUAAAGUAUUGAUGGUAUGUGACUUUCCUACUAUAUGCGAGAAAGGAAUUAAUUUGAAUGCAAUAGCUGAUCAUCAAUUAUCAUGUAUAUCAGAAUAUGAAAAUGAAGCAGAAGUUUUAAUACUUCCUUGGACAUCAUUUCGUGUUAAAACAAUAGAAGUGGAUGAACAAUUUACAACAAUAUUAUUGGAAAAUGUAUGCGUUGAAAGCUACUCAUUAUACAAUGCGACUAAAAGUGUACUCGACAUUGUUUAUUAG